GUGGGCUAGAUUUCUUCUUCAAACGCUUUUUUUAGAGUUAGUGAAAGGAAUUAUUUGAUAAACCUUGAUUCAUGCGUUUGGUGGAAAAAUUUUUAUUUUUACAUUGCUGCUCUGAAUCUUCAAAAUCAGUUCAUUAAUAAUGGAAGAAGAUUCAAGGUUGACGCAAGAAAUUUUGGAAUUGAAAAAUAGUUACGAGAAUGCUAUUGAUUUCUUAGAAAAUGCCGCACUGAACAAAGAAUCGGUACAAGCAGCUAAAAAUAGGAUACAAACUGCAUGUUCUGCUUUGAAUGCAAUUCCAGUUUUCUUGCAUCCAAUUAAAAAGGAAAAAGAUGAAGUAAAGAUCGAAGAAUUCAGCGAUGAUGAUGACUGGGCAAACAUUAGUGAUGAAUUUGGUGACAUAGUAAAGGCAUGUGAGGAUGCAGAGAACAGUUUUAACUCCAACGAGGGAGACGCAAUGUAUGAAGUAGAAAAUGGCGAAUCACCUGCUUCACUACCAGAUGAUGCUAAACAAGAUGUGUCAGACUUGAAAAUACAGCCGUCUGAAGAAAAAGAUUUUGACUGUGAGCCUCCUACUGAAGAACACCUUAGAAUUUUAAAGCAGUUUUUUGGUCAUCAGUCAUUCAGACCCAUGCAGUGGAAAAUAAUCAGAUCUGUUCUUGAAGAGAAACGGGAUGUAAGCGCUGUGAUGGCAACUGGUUAUGGUAAAAGCUUGUGUUAUCAGUAUCCAGCUGUUUUUUCAAAUAAGCCUGUAAUAGUCGUCUCACCAUUAAUUUCUUUAAUGGAAGAUCAAGUAUUAGCUUUAAAUGUUGCUAAUAUUAGUGCCUGUUAUCUUGGAUCCCAUCAAAAACGGAUGUCGGAAGUUAAGGAAGAAAUUAUGCAAGGGAAGCACAAGGUUAUUUAUUUGACACCUGAGUUUGUUGAGGUUUAUCCUUCUCUGCUGAAGAUAUUUGAUGAGAAAUUAGGUAUUACAUUAAUUGCUGUCGAUGAAGCCCAUUGUGUGUCUCAGUGGGGACAUGAUUUCAGAGCAUCAUAUAGAAAGCUUGGUUCUUUGCGUUCAAAAUUGUCACACGUGCCAUUCAUGGCUCUCACUGCUACUGCUACACCUGUGGUUCUAAAUGACAUUUGUUCUUCCUUGCGUCUGAAAAAUCCUAUAAAAAUAUGCUCCAAUUUUGACAGGCCAAACUUGUACUUAGAGGUCUGUCUGAAGAGCAAUUCUGUUGUAAAUGAUUUAUUGAGAGUCAUGAGUAAAAAAAAUGGAAAAAUUGGCUUUUCUGGGCCGACCAUCAUUUAUUGCCCCACCAGAAGUGUCACAGAAGAUGUGUACAAAAAACUUAGAGAUAUGACUGUCUCUUGCCAAAUAUAUCAUGCUGGAAUGUCACCAGAAGAAAGGAAAAAAUCACACCAUGAAUUUGUUUAUGAUAAAGUAGAGGUUGUGGUUGCAACUGUUGCGUUUGGCAUGGGAAUAGAUAAGCCAGAUGUAAGAAGAAUAAUACAUUAUGGAGCUCCUAAAGAUAUUGAGAGUUACUAUCAAGAAAUUGGACGAGCUGGACGUGAUGGAUCACCAAGUGUAUGUCAAGUGUUUUAUGCAAAUGGGGAUUUUACUGCAUCAAAAUUUUAUCUAAAAGACAUAAAGAAUGAAACAUUUAUGGAACAUAAAGCAGACAUGAUAGCAAAAAUGCAGCAAUAUUUAGGUUCAGUCAAAUGUAGAAGGCAUAUGUUAUUGUCUCACUUUGAAGGUCAUGAAGUUACCAACGUUGGAGGACAUGAAAAAUGUUGUGAUAACUGUAAAAAAAGGUCUAGAAGAGCAUUGUUAAAUAAAGCAGAUAGUUCCUCACAGAAAACUACUGACGAUAAAAAAGAUUUCACAGUAGAAGCUAAAAUACUCUUUGGUGCUAUAGAGUUCACUGGUGGAAAAUUUGGUUUGAACACGCCUAUAUUCAUUGUUAGAGGAUCGGGAAAUGUUCGUGUUACAGAUCAAAUGAAAAAAUGCCCGGAAUAUGGAAAAGGCAAGCACAAGUCCGAUAACUGGUGGAAAGCAUUUGGUCGCCUUCUGGUUUGUGAAAAAUAUUUAGUUGAAAAACGCCUGAGUUCAUUUGGACAAGGCAGAGUGUUUGGAUGUACUGUUGAGAUGACAGCAAAAGCAAAAGAAUGGUUUCGUAAAUAUAAACGUAAUCCCGAGAACUGUUUGCCCUUAAUUCUUGAAGUGAAUGCAGAAUUGGAAGCUUAUGAAGAGAAAAAAGUGACAAUAACACUGAAGAAAACGGCUGAACCUUCAUUUCAAAAGACGAGAAUUCUUAAUGCGCCAUCUGGUUCCUUGGAAAUAGAAUUAGAACCUUUAGAUGAAGAUGAGAUGCAAGUUCCAGAAGACCUUGAUCCACGUGAAGAAGAACUAAAAGGUGUACUUUUCAAAAAACUAAUGGCCUUAAGAAAUAGAAUUGCAGACAAUGAAGCUGUUGCUCCUUACAUGGUUUUCAGCAACAAAAACCUUUUGGACAUUGCUGUGCACAGGCCCAUUUCUUUGAAGUCUCUAUCCCAAAUAGAAGGUGUUACAGCUGCUAGAAUAUCCAAAUUCGGAAAGCAAAUGACUGAUUUGGUUUGUAAAUUUUGUGAAGAGAAUGAGUUGGAAAAGGAUGUGUUUUCAAAUUCAUCAAAAGAAGCAAGUAAGGUGACUUUCACUUUAGAUCCUCUUGUGCGUGAGUUGAACAGCAGUGCCCAAGAGUCAUAUAAAAUGUGUGAAAUCGAAGAUAAAGAUGUCAACCAAGUUGCUUCUGAAAGAAGUCUUUCAGUUAACACAAUCAUUUCUCAUUUAUGUGAAGCUUUGAAAUUGGGACUUCCUGUAAAUUUGAAGCGUGUUGGAGUUACUCCUGAAAUUUUUAGAUUGAUUUCUGCUGUUAUACGUUCUGAACCUAUAAAUUCAGACAUAAGCAGAGUAACACCUAUCAAGCAAUUAUGCCCAGAUUACAUAGAAUUCAAUCAUAUUAAAGUGGUCAUUGCUUAUAUGCAAAAUAAGUUUGGUGUGAACCAGUCUGAAGCUUCUCAGUCUGUAGAUGAUCAAAAGUCAGAAUGUUCAUCUGCUGCAUCAGAAUGCUCCUCAAAGAAAGAGCCUCAAAGCAUAAAACAUGAGUUCACGGAACAAGUUUUAAAAAGAAAAGAUGAAGAUUCGGCUUUCAAUGAUGUUAAGCCAGUGAAUGUAAAACGCAUAAAGAGUAAUAAACUGUUUAGCUUGUAAAAAUAAACGUUUCAAAUGGAGCAAAAAACCAUGAAGUGAUGCAGGAAAUUUGAAAGCGUUUGGAAUGAAGGAAAAAUGUGUAUGAUGUUAUAAGAAGCACCCACAUCUUGCUUCAUAAAUGAAUUCUGUACCUGUUCUGUUCUAAUAUUGUUCUAUAAUCUUUCUUUGCUUUCUUUAAUGAUUUCAACAGACUGUGCCAUUGAUAUUUUUAGUGGGGUUUUGAGGGGUAUUUUUCUCUUUUUUUUUUGGAAAGGGGGGGGGGCUUUUGCUCUUGGGAGAUUGCAACCUGCUCCUGGAGGAGGGGGGGGGAUCAGCCCUGGUAAACCAUAUGACUUAGCUUAUUAGAAUUGUAUAAAAGACUUCAUUUAGCUCUAUGAUUGUAGCUUGUAUUUUUCUUUUUCUCUUAAAGUAUUUUUGUUCAAUUUUUAGUUAUUCACUAGUAAAUCUUAAAACAUUUUUUGAGUCUAUAAAUACUAAAGGGAGAGGGAGACAAUAAAGCAUGCAAAUGAAUUUGUUGCAAAUCCAUAUUCCUUAUUCUGAGCUAUUGUACAAAUGCACUUUUUAAGCUCAAUAAAUUGUGUUUUACAUUUAUUCUAAAGUAUUAGAAUCUCAGGUAUCAGUUUCAACACAAGAAGUAUGAUGGAAAUAACAAAGCUUCAUAAAACAACUAAAUGCAGUUCUAGCUGGAAAUUUUUUGUAACAUCAAAUGAAAGAAAUGGGGGCUCAAUGGUACCGAUUACUGCAACCAGAAGUUUAUUUUACAAAUUAAUUUUGAACCUCUAUAUAUCAGGGGUGAUUUAGUAAAAAUGUUUCGGCACUGCUUUUCUGAAGGAAAAAAAAAUCUGCCUUCACAUGAAAUUGAUUGUAACUGAGGAUUCAAUUAUUUAUUUUUUAUAAUAGAUAACUUAAGCAAUUAUAUACAAAAAUGACUAGUGAUUAUAAGGAAAAAGAUACUUGAACAAUUGUUAAUGCUUUUAAAUUCAGAUUCUUGCUUAUAGGAACAAUUGCACCUUUCCCCCUUCAUUUUUCAGAAGUACCUCUUUCUUCUAAUUUAAAAAAAAAAAAAAAAAAAACAUUUCAUUAAUAUCAUUUAUGCUAUCUGAAUUUGUUUGUUUGAAAGUUAGUUGGGCCAUCAACAUACUCUUUAUAAAAUCUAAAUCAAUGUCUGAAAGACAAAAAAUAUUAUAAUUCCUUUCUUCAAAUAAUGUUUACAAUUAAUGAUUAACAUGAAGAAAGGAAAGAAAAGAACAUUUAUGAUAAAUGGUUAAAUUAGUCUUAAACAGGAUUUCUUGAUAUCUCCUGGAGAACUUUUAGCAUUAAACUGCUUAGAAAAGGGAUGAAAUCCACUCCUUUGAAAAUUUGGGAUUAACGGAGAUAGUCUUUCAUAAAAGUUUCACUGUGCUUAUAUAGUUUUCAUACUUGUAUAUUCAUUAAUGUACAUUACAUAUGCGGCUCAUAUGGGGAGGGGGAGUGGCAACUGCCCCCUCACUUCGAAAAUUAAAGGGGUUUUGCCCGCUCACUUUUCAGAGUUAAAACUUAAUGAUUGGUUGAAAAAUGGUUUUGAUAGGAUGGAUUGAUUUAUUUUAUGAAAGUAAAAACUAAAAAUUCCUCAAAAAAAUUAACCUUUCUCAUCUUAUUUCAUAAGAAAUGAGCUUUGAAUUGGAAAAGGAAAGUCUACGGUGGCCAUUCGUUCCGAUUUUUGAUGCCAUAUUCCACAUUUUUAGAAUAGUUUAAAUAAUAAUAAAAAAAAAAGCUUUAUCCAUUCUCUGCACUUUUUUUGACCCUCCUCUUUUUAGCACACCAGCCGCCUAUGUUAAAUUUUGUUUAAGGGGGGGGGGGGUGUUAAAAAUUAACUUAAGAAUAACACUUACUGUUUUUCAGUGAAUAAUGAUCUUCCUUCUUUUUGUAUAUGUAUAUGAUGUAAAUAAAUUGUUUUAA